UCUAACUCACGACAUGUCCACACUGGCAAGGCACAUAGAGCGCUCUGACUCCGCAGCUGGGGCACUCCUGGUAAUCCACCUCCGUGAGAGGCAUAACGCUUGGUGCGUCCUGGCUGGAGCCCCGCGGCGCUAGUGUGGACAACCUGGUCUGUUAAUGCGCUCUGAUCGGCCUCCAGAAGUGUCCCAUAAUGCCUGUUCUAGCGACUCUGGUCAUCACUUUGAACUCUACUGCCCUGCCCUUAGGUGACCAACCGUCAGACCCGCCCUUUACAUUCUCUGGGAUUUUUGAAAAUCCCCUUCCUGUUUGCUCAGCAAGACGUGGAGUGCACUCAGCGCAUCUUUGCAGGUGACCAUGCCUCCACCUGCCAGGUGAUCCCCACUAUGGAGCAAUGGCAAGGUGCUGGACCUCAUCAGUGUUUGGGGGGAGGAAGCUGUCCAGUCCCAGCUGCGCUCCAGCCGUAGGAAUUACGAUACCUUUGGGCAAAUAUCAAGGACAUGAUGGAAAGGGGCCAUGACCGGGACAUGCUGCAGUGCAGGGUUAAAGUGAAGGAGCUGCGGAAUGCCUACCGUAAAGCCCGCAAGGCAAACCGCCGCUCUGGUGCUGCCCCCGCGACCUGCUGUUUUUACAAAGAGCUGGACACAAUACUGGAGGGCGACCCCACCUCCAUUCCAAGGACCACCAUGGACACUUCAGAGCCCAGUUCAACAAGGCAGGAGGAGGAAGAGGAGGAAAGUGGGAGCGAGGGUGCUGAGGAGGAGGAAGACACCCCAGCAUCCCUAGAUGCCUGCAGCCAGGAGCUGUUCCCAAGCCAGGAGGAAGGUAGCCAGUCACAGCGGCUGAUGCUUGGGGAAGGACAAACACCAGAGGACAUGCCCGAUGCAACCUUGAGAUCUCAGCCGUCCAUGUUAUCACCGUCCGAAAGACUCCAAAGAAUUAGGAAGAGGCCACGUAGAUGCAACGAAGACAUGCUGCAUGAAAUAAUGCAGCAGUCCCUUCAUGAAAAUCAAGAAGCGCAGGAAUGGAGGGAGGGUGAAAGGAGGUACCACCAGCAGAAUGCGGCAUGCCGGCACCAAAGCGUGGAGCACCAGCACCACAGCAUGGAGUGGCUAAUAAGCAUUAUGAAGCGCCAAGCAGACUUGAUCCAGGCGCUUGUAGUCAUGGAGAACAAGCGUUUUAGAGGAAAUCUUGAAUGUGAUGGAGAGUUGGCUGUUUUUGCUAUGUCUUUAGAAACUAGUGACACCUUUGCCCCUCAUGGAGACAUUGAAGCAAUAAUUUUAGAGGAACUCCCACUGUACUUCACAGAAAUGCAAACUUGGUUUUAUAUAUAA